AUGGAGCCGGGCAACUUCUACGAGGCGGACUCGCGGCCCCCGAUGCCCAGCGUUUUCCACUCGCACCCGCAGCAGCAGCGCCCGCCGCUCCCCGCCGCCGCGCACCUGCCCUCCGCCGCGCUUGGCUUCGCCCCGCCGGCCGGCCCUUUCGGCUACCUGGCGGCGUCGGAGCUGCCCGAGAUCUGCGAGCACGAGAACUCCAUCGACCUGAGCGCCUACAUCGACCCGGGCGCCUUCAACGACGAGUUCCUGGCCGACCUCUUCCAGCACAGCAAGCAGCAGCAGCAGCAGCAGGAGCGCGCCGCCAAGGCCGGGCUGGAGUGCGGCGGGGCCGGCAUGCCGGGCGCCGGGUUCCCGCCGGGCGGGGGCGCGCUCUACUGCUACGCCGACAAGCUGGAGGGCAACGCCGCCUACGAGCGCCUGGGCCAGGGCCCCCCGCUGCUGCCAGGCUUGCGCCCGCUGCUCAUCAAGCAGGAGCCCCACGAAGAGGAGGAGGCGGGCGCGCUGGCCGCGCUCUACCCGCCGCCGCCCGCCGGACCGCCCUGCAGCCACCUCCAGUACCAGGCGGCGCACUGCGCCCAGACUACGGUGCACCUGCAGCCCGGCGGGCAGCCCACCCCGCCGCCCACGCCCGCGCCCAGCCCGCACGGGGCCCACCCGCCCCACCGCCUCCACGCCGGGCCCAACGCUGCCGCCUCGUCGGGCAAGUCCAAAAAGUCGCUGGACAAGGGCAGCAGCGAGUACCGGGUGCGGCGGGAGCGCAACAAUAUCGCGGUGCGUAAGAGCCGCGACAAAGCCAAGCAGCGCAACGCCGAGACGCAGCAGAAGGUGCUGGAGCUGAGCAACGACAACGAGCGGCUCCGCAAGCGCGUCGAGCAGCUCAGCCGCGAGCUGGAGACCCUCCGCGGCAUCUUCCGGCAGCUGCCCGAGAGCUCGCUGGUCAAGGCCAUGGGCAGCUGCUCCUGAGCGCACCGCAGGGGCGUCGCGGGGCAGAGGAUCGGGAUCCGCGCGGGCGAAGCCGUCGGGAGCGGCCGCUGCACUCCGAAACCUCGCCUGGCUGCCUUGCCGAACUCUGCCUCCUCCGGCCGGCCGCGGACAGAAAAUUGGGGCCGUGGGAAGUACGGAUCCGCGGCGUUUGGCAAAUUGAACCCUUGCCGGGAAAGAGCCGGGGCCGAACUGAACCCUCCGCUUCUCCGCUCUGGAUUUAGGCCCGGUCCUCUCCUUCCGCCGCCCGCCCGCCCGCCUUGUACUGUGAAAGCCGUCUCCCGUAGUUGUCGUCGUCCUCGUUAUUAUUAUUAUUUUAUUGCUCGGAGCCUUGCCAUCUCACCAGCCGGGACUAACGCUGGGCACAGAACUCUCUCUAGCCAUAGGAAAAACUUUGCAAAACUUUUUCUCUUGUUGUACAACCGGUUUCCUUGACUUUGGAGACCUGGCUUGGAAUCGGUGCAGAACUUUUAACUGAGCUUCACCUGGGUAGGGUGGGCCCUUGAAGGGUUUCAGGCAUGUGUAUGUGCCCGGUUAUUUUGGGGAGAAUGCUGAGCUCCUUUUUGGGGUCACAGUUCACAGCCACUACUUUGGACUCCAAGUCCCAGUCAGCACUUUCAUGCAACGGAUGGACAUCUUCACCUAAGUGCCAAUUUUUAAUAUUCAUUGUACCGAGUGCCAACAUUGCCUCCCUCUUCCUAAGAAUUAAUACCCAGGAACUCUCUCCUUGUAUGGUGUAUUUGGGGGGAUUAAACAAAGAUGCAAGACCGUUUUAGAAAUUCUGGUUUUAAAUCCCUAAAUAAAAUGAAAAUAUUCUGUUUUAAACCUU